GAGCGUUUGUGCUGCUUUUUAAAUGUGCGCUCAAAAUAAAGCGAGAAAGUGGAGCUAGAGUCGAGGUAUUUUUAGUGCAAUCGAUUCUCAACCACGUGUGCACACGUUGAUAAGGAUGGUCCGCAAGACUACAAUUCAACCGGCCUGUUUGCUUUUCCUGCUCCUCGGAGUUACCUCUGGUAUAGUGCGCUCUGCCCCUGUUUCUAACCAGCCCAACGCCACCGUGGAGCGCAGAUGGGAGACCCUCUUGUCUCGCUCCAUGCCCCGAAUCCCCGGGGAGAUGAAGGAGAUCAGCCGGGACACUGACUAUUUACUGGGAAUCAAAAGGCUGCGGCGGCUUUACUGCAACGUAGGCAUCGGGUUUCAUCUGCAAGUGCUGUCCGAUGGAAGAGUGAAUGGAACUCACGAUGAGAGUCGGUACAGUCUUUUGGAAAUCUCUCCCGUGCAGAGGGGAGUAGUGAGCCUACUCGGUGUGACCAGUGGGCUGUUUGUGGCAAUGAAUAGCAAAGGCAAGCUUUACGGAUCUGCAUACUACAGUGAUGAAUGCAAAUUCAACGAAAUACUGCUACCCAAUAAUUAUAACGCCUACGAGUCCAACGCAUAUCCAACCAUGUACAUGGCGUUAAGCAAAAACGGCAAAGCAAAGAAGGGGAACAAAGUGUCUCCGAUAAUGACAAUGACUCAUUUUCUACCGAGAAUCUGAGAGGGGCUCACCUCAGAAUUUAACCUCAGGAGGGAAGGACUAACUGUAGGUUGGGGGCUUAACCACGGUCGGUGCACUUUCAGGAAAGCUUUAUGCAAGAUGAGUAGGUGUAUCAUAUAUUUAAAUUAAUUGUGACUAAAUAUUUAUGGAUGUAUAUUUUGUUCAGAAGGUUUAUUUAUAGUUGUGCUGGUUUUAUAUUUCUGCAAACGUUGUGCAAAGAAAGAUACAAAUGUGAUGCAUCGUGUGUUUUAGACUUUGUCACAGGUGUGCUUCUCAUGUUUAAAACGUGAAACUGAAUUCCUUUAUACAAUGGGUUUGCACUGGUGUAAUGGAGGUCCGUGUUGUGUUCGUUUUUAAUUAAUCGUUUUUUUUGGCACAGAGUCUUAGUCUUCACCCAUGAGGUUUGGUAAAUCUGUUCAUUUUUACAUAUCUGCUUGUGACAAUGCUUGGUAUCUGACCUCCGUUGUGUGGCGUUGCUGUGUAAUUUCAAUGGAAUCCGUCUACUUCUGGUACGGAAAGUACAGUGUUGAAGUCCUAACCCUCAAAUCUGUUUUUAGAUCUGCUGCUGCUGAACUUUGAACUCUCCUGCAGUCAAUCUUUGUCAGAUCUUCAGGUCAGAAGCUAUCCUUAACCUACCUACAGGCUUCAACAUUUUAGUAUUGUAAGCGACCAGAUGCUUCAAAGGAGCAUUUUCAAUCCUAUUUAUGGCACUUCAAAGAACAAUUUGAUUUGGACCCAGUUUGUAACGUUAAUAUACCUCACAGACACUAAAUAGUUUUUCUUUUUACCAACCCACACUAAUAAACAUACCAAAGCAUCUGCAAUGAAUCUUGGGCAAAAUUUAAUUUUGUGGAGGAGAUGUAAAAAGCUGCUGCUUUCUUGUAGAUUUCCAUUCCUUCAUUCAAAUAAUAAUCUACCUCAUUUUAAGAACCCUGAACAAAACAAAGAUAUAAUCUCCUCCCAAAAGCUGCAUAAUAAUUCAGGACUGAGAGUUUGCCCCUGAAAUAUUGUCAGUGAUCUUAAGUCAACAAACUACCAUAUGUAGCCAAGGGUAGCCAGUGAGGCGUCUAUUGCAUCCUAGUUGAGCCUUGUCACGUUUGAGCUAUCUUUACCCAGUGAUUUACUUUUAGUACGGAUAAUCAUGGUGAAAAUAUUUGCAGACAGCUGUUAGACUGCACUAUAUGGUCAUUGCGUAACCCUAUAUUUUCUUUAUAUAUUUUUCAAACCGAACCUCCGCACUCCAAGCAAAAGAAAACAGCAGCACGUUUUACUCAAACAAUACGUUUGGGGGUGAGUGGGGUGGUGACGGAGGUUGAUGCUGGUGUUGAAAUCAACCAUCCCCUUUCAGAGUUUCACCUAAAAUAAAGAAACAAAUGUCCAUUCAUGCAUGGAACUGAGGGUGCAGUUAGAUAUCUCAAAUGGGGACUGUCACAAAAGUUCAGACAGAGAUUCUGAAGCCCUUCAUUAAACAACUUCUGCCCCCUCUGCUGCUAUGGUGAGGUUAGGGAGGAGAGUGAAAAGCCUUGGGCUUGACACUUCAUCGAUCCAGCCAUAACAGAAAGUUCAGUUCAGUUUUCAACAUUCCUUUUGAUAAGCUGCUACUCAGUGUUUUCUAGAACUUUUAAGGGUCCUCAAUGUUUUAAUUAGGGUGAACUGCUGGAAGGACGGUACUCAAAUCCAAAAUGAGACUGGCAAAAUUGUUAUCAGGGUGAGGUUAACACUUUCUGCCUGUGUUUUCUUUUAAUUGAAAUAUCUGCAUACUAACGCAUCCAUUUGUGGUCCUCUGCUUUGUCCUCAGUGGGGUCAGUGUGUGAACAUUUGGUGAGUGAAUUGCUGGUGUUUUGUGUUCGUUAGGAUACUCUGUAUAAUUUGAAUCAUUGUCAUCAUCCUGAGGCAUAAAUAUCUGUUACUUGUUGGAGGCAUGUUUCCAGUUUGCUUAAUUUGACAUUAAAUUAAAUUUACAUUCUUCAUUGGCACAACACAUGUAGACCUAAGGUUCAAAUUAUUACUGAGACAACGGGGUGGGAAUUUUGCAGGAGACAAUGCAUUUACCAGCAAUAAAUAACAAUAAGGAAUCCAAAAAUACACACAGGAAUCUGAAAUAGAAAGAAGGAAUCUGCUGGAAGAACACAACAGGUGAAAAAAAACUUGUUGGGUUUAGAGACUUUGCCAGACAACAUUUUCAUUUCAAAACGUGGUUUAUGCCAUUUACAUGACAAUAUUCAGUUUGUAUUUUUUACAGAAAUAUUUGGUAUACUUUUGUUUUCUGACAGUGUAGCAUUCUGAUAAUAUUCCCUUCCAAAUUACACUCAGUACAGUAUAUUUAUGUUUGUUACAGCCUGUAAUAAAACCUAUGCAUUUCUAUUAACUAGUACUCUACUUCCAGGUUGCUAUCUUAUGCUGGGUCAGUGUUAGUCUAGCAUUUUGAAAUGCAGAGAGUCAGUGAGGAGAUAGUUAGUUGAACUUGUUAUGCUGACUAGCUGUCUUGCAGGUCCCUGAUAAUUAUGCCUUGGCAUGUAUAGGCACUGAGAUUUUAGAGUACUACUUGAUAUGGUUGUCAAAUAAUAUUUAAGCUUUAAAAUGUGUUGGAAUGUGUCUGUAGUUUUAUACAGCUGAUGUUUAAUAUUGUAUAUGUAUGUGCUGUGC